CUCCUCUGCUUCGGCGAGUUCUUCUAUGUCAUAGCCCUUCUUCUCUCACAGAAGAAGGCAGAAGGAGAAGAACAUAUUACAUACACUGAGUGAUAUAUACGCCUAGAGAGAGAGAGAGAGAGAGAAGAGAGAGAGAGAGAGAGAGAUGGGGAAGAGAGCGAAGAGCUCGAGGAAAGGAAAGAAGGCGUGGAGAGCUAACAUCAGCACCGAAGACAUUGAGGAUUACUUCGAGAAGUCCACAAAGGACGCGCUUUCUGGCGGUUCUUUGGCCGAUGUUCCCAGUGAUUCUCUUUUCUUCGUUGAUAAGUCCAGAGAUCUUUCUAUCAAGCGAAAGAUUGAGAAAAACAGAGAAAAAGUACUGCGGUGUGAUAGUCUGUUGCAGAGAAACCCUUUUGUUAAACCAAUUCCAUCCUCUAUACAAAAGAAGAAGAAAUCCAAGAAGAAUGGUAAAGCUGUUCACAAAGAUAAAGAUUGUGAAAAGGGCUCUCGGGGCACCCUGAAGGAAGAAAGUGCAAUUGAUUCUGGCAUUCUUGAUUUAUGGGAAGAGAAAGGUGAAGACAAUGCCAAAAUUAAAAUGGUAAAAUACUAUCUGCCUUGUACUUUUGAAACAUGCUCUUUCAAUCCCCAUCCUGAGAGCCAUCAGGAUGCAUUGGCACGUGCAGUUGCAGAUGAAAUGCAAAAGAUAUAUCAACAAGAAUUGGGGCCUGAGCCUAUUCCUUUGGUUGUUCCUGGGGAAGUUGUUGAUGAAGAAGAUAAAUAUUUUCUGGAGGCAGAUGGUGGAAGUGAUGAGGAUGUUGAAAAUGAAAAUCAGACUGAUAAUGAAGAUGCAGAUGCAGAGAAGAGGCCUCUUAAAACCAAAAGGGUAACACGAGUUGAGUUGAAUCGGAGGGUUAGGCGAAAGGAACAAUUGAGAGCCGAAGCAGAAGCCAAAAAAGUGGAGGAACUCUCAAAAGAUAUCGACAGUUUAACAGAUAUAAUGCAAGAGAUAGCAAAAGAGGAUGAAGAGAAACAUAACAGACAUCUCCGUCGGAUGGUUGCCAAACAAGAAAGGUUGAAGGCUCGUCCACCUCGCUUAGGAAAGUACAAAUUUGAGCCUGCUCCUCUCCAAGUUCUCUUAUCUGAAGAGAAAACUGGUUCACUUCGUCAGUUGAAGGGCUGUUGCACCCUUGUGAAAGACCGCUUUAAGAGCCUCGAGAAAAGAGGAUUAGUUGUCCCAUCAAAGAAGAGCGGCAGGAAGUAGUGGGCUGGCUUCUCAUAAACCUGAACUGAUUCAGGGGCUCCUCUCUUCAAGGUGAAGGAUGCAGUUGAGAGCAGAAUACAGUAGAUUUGCCACAGUGAAGGUCUCACACAUGGCUGCUUCAGAAUGCAGUUCAGAGCUCCACAAUUUUGUAUACUGUUGACCAGGAGAAAUCCUUAUCUACUUCAUCUCUUUCUUUUAUAUAUGAGAAAAUGUUAAAGAUUGUUGGAAAUCAGAUGAGAAGACAGAACAGACAUGUUUCAUUUUAAAAAUUGAAUCUAACGUUGUGCGUUCUUUGGACAUUGAA